GCAUUUGCUCCUUGCAGUCUUGGUGAGGGACAUGUGGCUUUCUUCUGAGUUCUUGCGACUGUUCUGGAAGUUUUGUGAAGUUCCCUCCAUCUCCCUAGAGGAGCUAGCUGAUGAUGGAUCCUGGGAAACUGGCCACACGCCUCCUCGCUACAAUCUCUGAUCUCCCGCUGCAGACAUGGCCAGCGACUCCAGUUAACAGGCCUGAAACUGUGUGAGAAGGACUAGGAGGCAUGGCCUUGUUCGAGGAGGUGUGGCACUGAAGGCGGGUUUCAAAAGCUCGUGCCAGGCCCAGGCUGUCUCUCUGCCUGCUGCCUUCCGAUGAGGAUGUAAAGCUCUCAGCUACUGUUCCAGCACCGUAUCUGUCUCCUUCCCACCGUGAUGACCAUGGACUAACCCUCUAAAACUAUUAAAUCUUUCCAACCAGGGGGAAGAGAGUUUUCUGAAACUUGCCUGUGGGAACAUGAGAUUCUGCUGUGUGCAGACACUGAAGAGGAAACCACGUGAGGGGACACCACAUCUUCCUUCCAGUGUGACAUCUUAAGGGCUCAAGGAAGGCGUGAAGAAAGAUCUGGUUGUCUCUUGUGAUUGCUGAUAUUUGAGACCCAGAAGUCUCCAUGGCUCCUUAUUACAUCCGCAGGUUCCAGGAGACGGACCACAAACAGGCUGUGGACUUGUUCUCCAGGGGCUUGGAGGAGCACAUCCCCGCCACCUUCCGCCACCUGCUGCUGCUGCCCCGAACCCUCCUGCUCUUACUUGGGGUGCCCCUGGCCCUGGUCCUGGUGUCUGGCUCCUGCCUGCUGGCUGUUGUAGGCAUUAUCCUUUUGCUCCUACUCCUGCGGCUCCUUGCCAGACAGCCCUGGAAGGAGUAUGUGGCCAAGUGUUUACACACAGACAUGGCUGACAUCACCAAGUCCUACCUGAAUGCCUGUGGCUCCUGCUUCUGGGUGGCUGAGUCUGCGGGGCAGGUGGUGGGUACAGUGGCUGCUCUGCCAGUCAAGAAUCCUCCUUUAGGGAGGAAGCAGCUGGAGCUCUUUCGCCUGUCUGUGUCCUCACAGCAUCGAGGACAGGGGAUAGCAAAAGCGCUGGUCAGAACUGUCCUCCAGUUUGCACGGGACCAGGGCUACAAUGAUGUUGUUCUUGAGACCACUAUCAUGCAGCAAGGUGCUGUGACCCUCUAUGAGGCUGUGGGAUUCCAAAGGACGGGUGAAUACUUAUACCCCGGCAUUAUUAAAUGGUUCAUGGAUUUUUCUAUAAUUCAUUUCACAUAUCCUCUCCCUUCUGCUCAGUAACACGGACUAUGACCUUAUUUCUUACUAUAUCUGUCAGGUUCCAAUUAACCGUACCAUAACAAGUAAUAAAAAGCACAUUUUUCAUGCUCA